AUGCCUGGAGGUGUGAACUCACCUGUCCGAGCCUUCAAAUCAGUCCGUGGACAACCAGUUGUGAUUGAUUCUGCAAAAGGCUCACAAAUGCGAGAUAUUGAUCGAAAUGAAUACAUUGACUACGUUGGAUCUUGGGGACCUGCCAUUAUUGGUCAUGCCGAUGACGAGGUUCUUGCAGCUUUGGCUGAGACGAUGAAGAAAGGAACAAGCUUUGGUGCUCCUUGUCUCUUAGAGAAUGUUCUUGUAGAAAUGGUUAUUUCAGCUGUUCCAAGUAUUGAAAUGGUUCGGUUUGUCAACUCGGGUACUGAAGCAUGUAUGGGAGUUCUACGUCUCGCUCGUGCCUUCACGGGGAAACAAAAGUUCAUCAAGUUUGAAGGUUGUUACCACGGCCACACAAACUCUUUCCUUGUCAAAGCAGGUAGUGGUGUAGCCACUUUAGGUCUACCGGACUCGCCCGGUGUCCCUAAAUCAGCUACUUCAGAUACUUUAACAGCUCCAUACAAUGAUCUUGCUGCGGUUGAGAAGCUAUUUGAGGCAAACAAAGGCGAGAUUGCUGCCAUCAUUCUCGAACCUCUUGUUGGUAACUCGGGUUUCAUUACACCUAAAGCAUAG